UAAGGCUUGGCCUACGUGGCAGCCGCUGGAGCCGCGGACGGGGAGCGAGGCCGGCCGGGCACUUCCUGUGGAGGCCGCAACGGGCGCGGGCGCCGACGGGCCGAACGCCGAGCGAGCGAGCGAGAGAGCGAGUGAGCCGGGCCUCCCGCCGCCGCCAUGGGCCAGAACGACCUGAUGGGCACGGCCGAGGACUUCGCCGACCAGUUCCUCCGGGUCACGAAGCAGUACCUCCCGCACGUGGCGCGCCUCUGCCUCAUCAGCACCUUCCUGGAGGACGGCGUGCGCAUGUGGUUCCAGUGGGGCGAGCAGCGCGACUACAUUGACAGCACCUGGGGCUGUGGCUACCUGGUGGCCUCCACCUUUGUGCUCCUCAACCUGCUCGGACAGCUCACUGGCUGCAUCCUGGUGUUGAGUAGGAACUUCGUGCAGUACGCCUGCUUUGGGCUCUUCGGAAUCAUAGCGCUGCAGACCAUCGCCUACAGCAUUUUAUGGGACUUGAAGUUUUUGAUGAGGAACCUGGCCCUGGGCGGGGGCUUGCUGCUGCUCCUGGCGGAGUCCCGCUCGGAAGGGAAGAGCAUGUUCGCCGGCGUCCCCACUAUGCGCGAGAGCUCCCCCAAGCAGUACAUGCAGCUGGGCGGCCGCGUCCUGCUGGUGCUGAUGUUCAUGACCCUCCUGCACUUCGACGCCAGCUUCUUCUCAAUCCUCCAGAACCUGGUGGGCACCGCGCUGAUGAUUCUGGUGGCCAUUGGCUUUAAGACCAAGCUGGCCGCCUUGACUCUGGUCGUCUGGCUGUUCGCCAUCAACGUGUAUUUCAACGCCUUCUGGACCAUCCCCGUGUACAAGCCCAUGCACGACUUCCUCAAGUACGACUUCUUCCAGACCAUGUCGGUGAUCGGAGGCUUGCUGCUGGUGGUGGCUCUGGGCCCCGGGGGCGUCUCCAUGGACGAGAAGAAGAAAGAGUGGUAACAGACCUUCCCGCCUGGCUAGGCCCGUGGCCGGCGAGGACUAGUUCGGGGUCGAUCCACAAACGGCCGGCAUUCACACCCUCUCCCCGCUGCCUGGGUGACGCACAGAUGUGAGAGAACUCUGCAGCCCUGAGUGAUGGCUGACUACUCUGCCCGCCGCCCGCCGCCCGGCCAGCCAGCGGCCGCCGGCUCCUCCCUCCCCAUGGCCAGGCCUGGGCCGCGGCGAGAGCAGCCGGGUGGGGUGCGGCCUCUGUCCUGGUUGGUUCCUGUGGGUGGUGGGGCCUUCCAGCUGUACCCUGAGCAGAUACAUCUGUGUAUCAUUCAAA